AUGACCGAUCAAACUCCCGUAAAUAAAAACGUCGUGCAACGAGAGGUGGCGGUGGUGGCCGUGCCUUUUCCGGCGCAGAGCCAUCUGAAUUCCCUCCUCCACCUCUGCCGCCGCAUCUCCGCCCACAACCUGGCCGUGCACUACGUGGGCACCGCCACCCACGUCCACCAGGUCACAGCCCGAGUCCACGGCUGCGAUCCUUCCGCCAUUGCCAACCUUCAUUUCCAUGGCUUCCCAACUUCUCCUCAUCCAAAUCAUUCCUCCGCCGCCGCUGCGAACUCCUCCGCCAAAUUUCCUUCGCAUUUGCUCCCGACGUUCAUGGCGAUCUUGCCCCGAUUCAAGGAGCCGCUCUUGGCGCUUGUAGACGAACUCAAACACAAAAAAGUGGUGAUCAUUUUUGAUGCGUUGAUGGCUUCCGUUGUUGGAGAAAUUCAUCAAUCGUUCCCAAAUGUAGAAUGCUACUCUUUUCAAAGUUGUAAUGCAUUUUUCGUGUAUUCUCUAUUUUGGGAAGUCGCAGGAAAAAUGGAGGAUUUACCGAGUGAUGCAUCUCGGAUUAUGGAGGAACUCCCAUCAAUGGAGGGAUGCUUCAGCAUCGAGUUUCAAGAAUUUUUGGAGUCGCAGCGAAAUGGUGGGGGUUUCCAAUGUGGGACCAUUCUCAAUACUAGUAGGGUUUUGGAGGGUUUUUAUUUUGAUUUAUUAGCAAAAUUGAGAAUAUUCGGGAUCACGCCGGAAAAGCACUGGGCGCUGGGCCCGUUAAGCGUCGUGUUUGGACGUGCAAAUCGUGAUUCCAAGAGGUUGGACUGGCUUGACAAUCAACCCGAAAACUCAGUGGUUUUUGUGUCGUUUGGCACGACGUGUUCGUUGUCAGAAGAAGAGAUGAGAGAGGUUGCUUUAGGGUUGGAAAUGAGCGAGGUGAGGUUUAUAUGGUCAUUGAGAGACGCGGACAGAGGAGAUGUGUUUGAAGAAGGAGUUGGGCAGGUUGAGCUGCCGGUAGGGUUUGAGGAAAGGGUCAGAGAGAGGGGUGUUGUGGUGAGGGAAUGGGCGCCGCAGCUCGAGAUCUUGGCGCAUGGCGCCACGGGUGGAUUCCUGACGCACUGUGGGUGGAACUCGUGCUUGGAGAGCAUCUCGAUGGGGGUGCCGAUGGCCGCGUGGCCGAUGCACUCGGAUCAGCCGAGGAAUGCUGCCCUAAUAACCAAGGUGCUCAAGAUAGGGGUGGGGGUGAGGAAUUGGGGGCGGAGAGAUGAAGUAGUAGGCGCCGGCGUGGUGGAGGAGAGUUUGAGAAGAUUGAUGGGCUCCACGGAGGGAGAGGAGAUGAGACGUAGGGCAAAGAUGUUAGCACGAGCGUUGAAGCAGUCAAUGGAGGAGGGUGGCGCUAGUGAGCGGGAGAUGGAUUCUUUCAUCUCUCACAUAAUUACCUAG